UUACCGGGAAGUGGGUCGACGAGGCGAGUCGUGUCGGAUGCUCUGACGGCAGAAGUGAACAUUUAGUGCUUCAUUUGUGAAUUUACUAACAGUCCGUGACGGCGGUGAACCUCGCUGGAGAGCUAACAGGACGACCGCAGAGUUUUCUUCUUUUGUAGUUACUGCCCGGUGACAACAACAAGGGGUGAAAAAUGUCGGGAGAGCCUAUUCUCAUCACGGUGGAAACGGCCUCCGGGGCUCCCAGCUCGUUCCCGGUGGUUUUAAAGAAAAUAAUGGAAAUGCCUCCGCCGAAUAUACUGGACGGUGACGACGACACCGACAAGGAGAAGCUGUGUCUGGGAGAUAAUGUCGACCUUGGGGGAGGAGGCAGUGAUAUGGGCCCUUCGGCUGCCCUGACUCCUGCUAUCUGGGAGAAGACCAUCCCCUACGAUGGCGAGACCUUCCACCUGGAGUACAUGGACCUGGAGGAGUUCCUCAUGGAGAACGGCAUCCCCACCUCUCCUGAUGACGACGCCGUGAAGACAGGGAAGUCACAGGCUACUCCCUCUGCACAGACAAAGGUUACCAAGGCAGCAAGUGUAUCUCCGGUGGCCCUGCUGCCUAUACAGGAGUUGGACAAAUGUGAGGAGGAGGUGUUGAUCAUCACCAAGAGUGACUCUGAUAUCAUCUGUGAUGUUACUGCAGAGGUGACCAUCGAAAAGGACAGAGUGACCCCAGAGCCCAUCAGUCCAGAUGAAAUCGAGGUUGAGAUCAACUACGAACCCGAUCCUACAGACCUGGUCCUGUCAAGUGUACCUGGAGGUGAACUGUUUGACCCACGCAAACACAAGUUCAGCGAGGAGGAGCUCAAGCCGCAGCCCAUGAUUAAAAAGGCCAAGAAGGUGUUUGUGCCUGAAGAACAGAAGGACGACAAAUACUGGCAAAGGAGGAAGAAGAACAACAUGGCUGCCAAACGCUCACGAGACGCCCGCAGGUUAAAGGAGAACCAGAUCACUGUCCGAGCAGCUUUCCUCGAGCGUGAGAACGAGGCGUUGCGGUCAGAGGUCGCCGAGCUUCGGAAGGAGUGCGGCCGCUUCAAGAACGUUGUGGGGCGCUAUGAAGCCAAAUUCGGAGCACUUGCGGUGCCAGACGACCUAUAGACGGCAAUUGAUUUAUUCAUUUAUUUUAUCCAAUGAAUAAAUCAAUCAAAACUAUUGUGGUUGGUACAUGGGAGCGCUAGAGUCGAUCAGAUGACGAAGAGGAAGAAGAGGCAAAGAGCAUGUGUGAGGGCAGGACUGAUGUUGCCAUGGAGAUGUGAUAGCAUGUUAAGAUAUCAAUAUCUGGCUUUUCUUUUUCUUUUUUUUUUAAUUAAGUGUGUUUACCAUCUGUGUGAGUGAGAAGAGUGUGAGGAUGUGCAAGUGCUUCUUCAGUGCACCUCAUUUAUGACGUGCAUUUUUAUCAUGUUUUGUACAGCUGCGGCCGAAAGAGAUCAUUUGUGAUGUUUAUUUUGGAGAAACUCUGGGUUUUAUUUUAAGUUUUUAAAUAGUCGAUAUUUAGUUAGCAAGAUGCAAUAGCUUAGACUAUAGAUGAGUCGUUAUUACGGUUUGCAGGUAUCUUCCAUUUUUCAGAUAUAAAUGACUUCUGAAAAUGUAUUUUUCAAAUAUAUAUUAUUUAGUGGCAGAUUUUUGUUAAUAGCUGGGCUUUUCUUUGCCCACAAAAACUUAUGACUGUGACAUUUCCAAUAAUUUAAAGCAAGACACUACAGGUGAAUAGAGUAAAAAAGUAAUGUCCGCAUUGCAUUACUUCAGGUAAAGCAGUAGUUUUUCUGAAAUGUUUUGUUUGAAUAUACAAAUGAGAUAUCUCAUUAAAUAGGCACUAAUUUGCUUUUGAGGCCAAAGUUAUUGUUUCAUCUUGUUAAUAUAUUAAAGGUAUUUACAGGGACGAUUUUGGAUAUUUCCUUUUUUGAAAUCAAAAUCAUAAAAUGUUGUCAACAGCCUGGAAAAGUCUGUCUUCACCUUGUUUUUCAGGAUAAAAUGUUCUUCAAGUCAGGCUGAUACUGAUAUAUCAACAAAUCCCCUCUAUAAAAACAUAAAUGGCAGUAAAAGCUGGAAAGUUAUAAUUGCUACUGAAGUUGAAACGUCCAAUCAUUGGAAAAAGCAGGCUUGUAAAAUGUAUUCUGCUUAUGGGUGAAAAUUUAAACGAACAAAUAUCAGUUUCCCCAGUUGAUUACUUUCAUAAAGAAAUCUGAAAUGUUAAGUUGAAGUAUGCCAAUGAGAUAUUAGCUCAAAAAAUGUUGCUAAUUUGCAUAAACAUCCAGCAGACAAAGACACCUAAAUGUGUAUUUUGGACGUUUUCUUUGCACUAGUCUGACAGAAGACAUGCUAUGGAAGCAAAAUAUCCCAAAAUGUCCAAAUUGACCAUUGCGUGAGUUUUUGCCUGUAGUGUCUCGCCUUUAGCGUCUUCAGGGGAUUACAGUGACGUGGCAAAAAAAACAAAACAAUGUAGCCAUGUUCGCUUCUCUUCAUGUACAAGCAUUCAUUACCAGCGGUGCAGAGCUGUGUGUAAACGCUCUGUCCUCCCUGUCUGAAUGUGAUCUUUCUGUCGCUCUUGUGCCGUGUUCGUCAGCAGGUUGGACGCCUGCUUUGCUCUCUGCAGCUCUGCAGAGUCCAACUUGUUCACUUAUGUCAGUAGCGCUUCUGAAGUGUCUUGUGUAAGUUCUACUGAUGGAUGUGUUGUAAAUAACUCUAGGCUAAGAUUAUACUAUGUUGUCAUUUUUCUUUCUUGUUUUUAAGUAAAUAAUUUUAAAAUGUAUUCAUUAUCAUAGGAGAUAAAUAUCCAGAUACAGAUCUUGUUAAGUUUUUCGUUAUUCUUCAUUUACUUGGGGGAAAUAAUCGAGCAAUGCAACUGUAAAUUCCCUAAAUGCUGAGUUUGUCAUCUCUGUGAGGAGCUUACACUCCGUCGUCUUUGUGUUUGUCACAUUUGUUGACAAUUUCUCUUGUGAACAGUCAAUUUUUUGAAACCUGGCAGUCUCAAUAAUACAAUCUGUAUUGAGGCAUAUCUUUCAUAGAUAGGUAACCUUUAAAUCUUAGAGUGUCUUCUAUGUCUAAAGCCAUUUCAAAGCAGGGUGCAGUCUGCCAGUUUACAGGCAUUUAUCCUGUAACAUUACAUCCAGAAAUUACAGUUGUGGUCCUACUGUCCAGUUUUGACAGAAAGGGAAAGCUGUUUUUCUUUUACUGCUGUGCUUCCAACCAUACAUAGGUUAACUUUUUAUCUAAAUAAAUGUAAUAUUGUGAAAGGGAUUCCAUGUGUGCAGAUUGUUGCACAAGGAGGAAAAACAGAGCGCAGUGAUGUGGAGUAAAACUACGAGUCAGGAUUUUGUAGAAAUAUUUCAGGCCUCUAACUCCAUGAAUAAUUUCACUUUAGGCCUCAAUAAUUUUAGUCAGGUUAUCCAUAGUAAAGUGUCUUGAAGCGUCAUUUUUGAAUUCCAUUUUUUGGAAUAAUUCUGAUGAGCUAUUUUUUAAAUCCUUCCUGUCAUAACAAAGGCUGCAUCUGCCUUCUCUCUGAAACAGGUCAAUUUGUUACCUUCUGAGGGGUUAUUUUUAUUGUUCCUGGUUAUGUCUUUGUAUUUCUUUGUAAAGAAAUAUGUUGGCAUUUAUGAUUGUGGCUGUCUUUUGUGUCUUGUGUAUAGGGUCUGUAUAAUUAAAGCCUUGCUGACACAA